AUGCGCUUCACCACACUCGCCAUCGCCCUCGCCGCCGGCGCCACCACCGCUCUGGCCUCGGCCAUCCCGGGCAAAAGCGCCCUCGUCGACCGCCAGGUGACGCUGUGCACCGGCGCCGACAGCUCGGCCGUGUGCUGCGCGACCGAUGUGCUGGGUGUUGCCGACUUGGACUGUGCGCCACCUCCUACGGCGCCCACCAGCACCGACGACUUUGGGAGCAUCUGCGCCUCGAUCGGCCAGCGCGCACGGUGCUGUUUGUUGCCUAUUCUCGGACAAGGCCUGAUCUGCACAUCUCCAGGGAAAUAG